UUGUUGUUGCAGAUCUUGUAAAAAAGAAGUGGAAAAUGGCAACAUUUGAGCUAUACAGGAGAUCAACAAUUGGGAUGUGUUUGACUGAAACACUUGAUGAAAUGGUCUCUACCGGCGUUCUUAGCCCCGAUCACGCUAUUCAAGUUCUCGUUCAGUUCGAUAAGUCAAUGACUGACGCUCUGGAGACUCAAGUAAAAUCCAAGGUGUCUAUUAAGGGACAUCUUCACACCUACAGGUUCUGUGACAAUGUCUGGACCUUUAUCUUACAAGAUGCUGUGUUCAAAAGUGAGGAAUGCCAGGAGACUGUUAACCGCGUUAAGAUUGUGGCUUGUGACUCAAAGCUGCUCACGCAGUGAGCACACGGCUGAUGGAGAGAAUUUUCUGUUUCAGAUUUGCAUUUCUAUCAUUAAUGUAGAAAUCAACAUAAGAUAAGUCUGAGAGAAGAGGAUGCAUGGGAGGUGUAGCCGCCAUUUAAUACUUAUUUUGUACAAACAAGCAAACAUCGAUAGCUAAUAUUAGUUAAAGCUGUUAUAUCUAUGAUGCCAAUGUAUUUGAUGGACCUUUUGUACAAUGUUGAACUUUAGUAUCUCUGACAUUUGAUAUGAGUUCCGGAAUUUAGUUUCUCCUA